CCACGAUACCAUGAUGUUGGGAAGACAGUUCGUUACGAGAAUUGAGAAGGGAAGGACGAGAUAAUAUUGCUUCUUCCGUCCCUCUCAACGAAAUUCUGUGUAGAUACCUCGUCCUCAGUUUCCUGUAUUUGCGAGCACAUCCUGAAAUUAUUGAAUAUUACCUGUCGCUACUUUUACUCAUACUGGUCAGUAAAUUUGUGGAGUGGAUUUCUACUUUCGAGCAAAUUUUCUGGGAAAUUUAGUACUCUUCUGUGUUCAAGAAUGGGAAAUACUUGAUAGCGUGGAUUGAAGGACUUGCUGUGCGGUAUCGAAGCGCAAGAGGAGUGAAAAGCCUUUCUUCUCCUUUUCUGUUGUGGGAAACACCACAAUGUGGACGAUGAAGUAAGGAAAGUCUCUACCAAUUACCGCAUCGCUUCAUCUCGCACGUUUAAUCAAGCGUUGAAUUCAUUUGCUGUGGGUUUCAUAGCGGAUGCAAAAGGGAAAAAAAGGAGUAAAAUGUGUUGAUUUUCCACCAAACUUGAACCAUAUUCCAAUCUCAUCUUGGUGGUUUGAAUAAGUAGAGCAAGUUGGAUUUUUGCGUGGUAGAGAAUAUUUUCGAGAUUGAUGAACAAUAUCGAAAUCGUGAUUCGUAAUGCCGUUGGUUCAUCGAAUUAUCGCUCCUGUCAACGUGAGCGAUGGCAAAUUGGAACUCAAGGGGAAGUAUGAAUGCGAAUUCGUUGCGGUCAACAAUUCCACGUUGGUGAAUGUUUUGCGACAACUGGCCGCAUUGGUGGAGCAUGCGAGCGACAUAUUUUCGGAAACGGCAACCCUCACGGAUCAGGUUGGGAGGAGGAUUCGAUCCGUGAAACUGAGGUUGGAUGAAUUGGAGGCAAAAACGGAACUCUUUGACCCAAAAUUGGUCCCUGUUCCGGAAGGAAGUCUCGACGAUGUCUCGGUUUGUGAAAAAUAUGCGACACGGCUUGUUUUCGACACGAAACUGUUCUGUGCAACGAGUCGUCCACGGUUCAUGGGGGUGUUGUUCGAUAAGGCUGGAAACCACUGCCCCACAUUCCCUCCCAGGUCACCCAUCACCACGAUCGAGAGGAAUUAUAACAAGCUCAACAUUUCCAACGGGGAGCGAAGGCCUGCAAGUUUUGCAGCUUUGAGGGACUGGAAAUUGGACGAUUAUUUGGACGAGAAGAUUGCCACGUUGGAUAAGAAGAAACAGUCGGCACACGAGCUGAGCCGCGCCUUGGCAUCCCCUUUUCCAAGCCAGUUGGUCCAAGUGGACGUCACAGGUCAAGGUUUUGAUCGGAUGAGGAAGAGUAGGAGAUCGUUGGUCAUUCAUACCAAGAGGAUCAGGAGGUCGAAGAGAAGAAAUACCAUUUGUGGCUCCAUGCCGAACAAAGAGUGCGGAAUCCAGACUAGUUUCUCUUCCGUUAACUCCCCCCUGGAAGAGGGAGCCGUGGUUAAAAAGUAUGGGAUCGAUUCUGGUCACUGGAGCAGUUGUACAACCAGUUCGGCCCAAGAGGGUGCAAAUGGGCCGAGAAGUACGGCUUCUGCACCUUCUCCUUGGGAUCCGACUGCCUCAAUUUCCACAUCCUCCGACUUCCUUUUUGAUGAUGAGGACCGUUGCCUUACGCCGCAGUUGGAGCAUUUUACGGAUGGCCUCGUCUCUGAUUCGGACUCUGUCGACACUGACGGCUACUUCACCUCAUUUCGAAGUGACUGUGGGUUCCCCAAGUCGAAAAAGUCGUCUCCAGGAGAAGCCUGCGAGGAUAUCAAGGAAGGGGAGGAAGGCGUUGAAGAUGAGAAACAGCAACAUAACGAGAGUGACUAUGAUCUGUUUGGAAAAGGGUCGACUUCCACAACAGCCAGCUCUUGUGGAACCGUUGUUCUUCGAAACAAACCAAAUCCUCCGAGUAGGACAAGGACGAGCUCCACGGCGGUUGCAGACAUGGUUUCAUCACAAAAAGACGACACAGAUUUGGAGGCACGAGUAAAGCGGAAGUCCCUCAUCGAAUGCGUCCCUUCCCUCGUCGUAGUGACGCCGUCUCCCACUCUCAGCGGUUCCGAUAGUCCGCCUCCACUUAAAGAUCCUACCUUUUCGAAUGAAUGCUCAGAGGAAGACUCGGAUCGUGACAGUGGACGCAUUACCCCAAAAGCGGAAGACUUUAGUACAACGAACGACAGUGAAUGUGGCACUUUGAGCGACACGGACUCUGAAAUCCGAAGUGAACUCCGACCAUCGAGUACGGCCAGUAGCACGGGAAGUGGAAAUUCAACCAUGACCCUGACCUCCGCAGCAGCCAUGGUGGUAACCGCUACUGCUUCUAUUCUUCCUCAGCCGGAUGUUAUCCCCGAUGUUCAAAUUAUUCGGACGAAGGGUGCUCCGAAACUGGAUGUGAGUCGGGAGUAUUUUUCCUUGGACACUGUUCUCUUGAACUCUUCUGUCGAAGAAGAGCGUCGAGUUCUGGCACAGAAUGGCGACAUCAUGACGAAACAGCACAGUCCAGCAGCAGAAACAAGUAGUAAUCCAUCUCCUUCGGGCUCUCUGCAGAGGGUACAAUCUCCCCCAGGCUCCGCUACAUCUGGCAAAAUUAGAGGUGCUAGAGUGGUUUUGGAUGCAAAUGGGGAAAUCAUAUUUGCUUCGGAAACUCUGAGAAGGAAGAAACGACCGAAAGUGUCCUUCGACCCGGGUUCUGCAGUUAAGACGAUGGACUACGACAACUUUGCCACUACGUAUGGACGGAUUCGUGAAUCAGUGUAUGACCGCAUUGUCAAAAAGGAUGUUGAUGGGAAAGAGAAUGAAAAAUUGUACGAGUGCAUAGAGGAAAUCCGAAAGCAGAAUUUGAGACAUCCAUAUCUUCAUCUCCAGGAGGAAAAGUCGAUUGCAGAAAUACACACAGAGUCCAUGAAUCUGAAAAAUAACAACAAUUUGGAGGAGAUCGGAGCGGAGAGUAAUGGACGUUGCUCAUCCACCUCGUCCAAUUGUUCAUCCGUUGCCAGCAGUCGAUACGCUUCACGGCCACCACUCAGCCCUCCGAAAGAUGACAAUGAUGAGAUUACUAAAGCAAAAAAUAAUAUUCUCCUUUUGGAAACAGAUCUCGACUCUGCAAUCCCUCCUUCGAUGCCAGAUCUAAAAAAUCUUCCCAAAAUCAAGGAUCGCCUUAAACGAAAUGAGAGCUACCGAAUGGCGAACACGGACGAGGAAGCGGCCGCAAAUGCAAGGCGACCUUCUCCAACAAAUUCUAACAACGCCAACAACGCCAGCUCCAGACCUGCCCUGCUCUCCCUGAGCAGCCCUCACUUGAGGAUGACCAUGAACAACAAACUCAACCGGAGAAUGUCCUUCGCUUCGAGUAAGGACAAUUCACCUCAUGGGAAUUUACACUUGAAUAAGAAACGCGAUAUUCUUGAAGAUCCUGAAAAUGACAGACCUUCCUUUUUUGGACUACCCAGCAACAUUGAAAAAUCAUGGCAGAAGAAUAUCAGUGCACAAAAAUCGACAAGGCCAAUGUGCCUUGAAGAAGAUCCCAUUUUCAUUCAACACAUUCUAAACAUGACGACUGUCAAUGCAAACGGGGGAGGGAAAAAUCUGGGCAAUAAUAACUCGAAUAAUUCUACGCCAGGGUCAGCUUACAGUAGUCGCAUCACUUUAUCCAAACUCGCCUUGUCUCCUGAAGACAGACCAACUUUCUUGCGCAGAGAAAAGGAUGAUGUUUCUCACACUACGAAUGGCGAUGGCGAACCUGUAUGGACCGCAGACUCUCCACCCACGAUGGACGAGAUUUCAAAGGAAAUCUACCGUUUCCGGAAAAAAUUUAAUAUUCAAUCCAACGCCACGAGUCGAAAUUUGUUGCCUUCUCAGUUGAAACCUCCUUCCAAUCUGGACCGUAAUGGAAAUCUGUAUGGGAGUUUGAGACGAGGAACGCUUUCUCCGCCGACAACGUCAACGCCACCAUUUCACGCAUCACCACUGCUUGACGGAAACGGUAACUUUGCGCGAAAGACGACGAGCCCGUCUGCAUCCACGAUUCCACUAGGUUUUCCCAAACUUCAAGUACAAUUUAGUUCUCCGAUAUCAAGCUCUACGCCAAUUAAACCAAGUGCCAACUAUACCACCACGAAUACCAGUAGCAAACAUGAUCACAAAACUUACUCUAGAAGUCCAGUAAUUUCUACUCCUACUUCUGCCAGGGUCCGAACCAGUACAAGUACUCCAUUAUUUCCACGACCCAUGAGUUCUCUCAGUAUUAGCAGUUACAAUAGCAGUAUUUAUUCUGACAGCAGUUUCAUUAGGGAUCCUGCCACUAGUUCUAGAAGUAGUUGUAGAGGUUACGGCCAGCAGCCACCCCCACCGCCCAUCCGUAACUUUUCUAGCUCAGGAAGAAAGAUUUUCCCAUACACUCCCGCCGGUGCCUUGAACUCUAGUGCUCCCACUACGACUAGUGAUUACUUGUAUUUUAACCGUAAUGGGUGGGGUGGAGGUGGGGCUGCUCAGUAUCGAAGAAACUCCAUGUCGUUGGCUGAACCUAGUCCAGGAGCUCUGAAUUUGGGACCAAGGACUUCCUUGAGCGAUUUCAAGAAAUUGUUACAGGCAGCAAAGCCCAAGAAAAAUUCAAUUUCUGCGAUGGAAGCUCUCAAGCCCAAGAUUGGAGUAGAGACCACUUUGUAGUUUUUUUCUAAUCGGAAGUUUUGUUUAAUUUUAUCAUUAUUUGAAAAUUGUGAUUCGAGAUAAGGUUCUUAUAACGAUGUGCGAAGAGUAAAAAAAAAACAAUAAUUGAGUUACCUUAAAAAUUACCUUAAAAAUAUUUGUCAAGAUCUAGUUCGACUAUGUAUAACUAUUUACAUACUUGUCAUUGACCACUAAGAAAUAAUCCUAUAUUUAGCAAGAUUAAGAACGACAACGCUUCAUUUACUGGAGAGAGUAAUAAAAUGUAAUUUUAGCUUUAAUACAAAAAAAGAUGUUACCCUUUCUAAAUAAUAUAAUAAAACAUUACUACUGAA